ACACACACGACACAGGGUCCCAAUUAAAAUUUUCAAUAAUUUAAAAUUAAGUAAUAUAGAACCUUAUCGAUUGUUUGAAUUACAGUAAGUAUAAAAUAACCUCAGCAGUUUCAGUUACUCAGAAUAUAUAUUCAAUGUUGCGGACCCUGACUAUUAACCUUACAAAAUGCCGGCGUACUAGUUAUGCUGAUUCAUUUAUUAGUAAAUACCGUCGGUAUUGUUCCGGGACGAUAGAGACCGAAAAAAAUACAAAGCCAAGCAAAAUAGUUAAGGCCAUGGCCGUGGACAAGUCAAAUUUCCUGCUGCCAAACAACCAGAGGUUUGUGGAGUUGGACAGCUCCCAAGCCUUUAAUAAUCUGACUAAUCAGGAAAAGCUUUAUGCUCAUUAUUUGAGUCAGGCUGCAUGGAAUGGAGGUCUCAUAGUCUUAAUGCAGACCAGUCCAGAAUCUCCGAGAAUUUUCUCCUUACUGCAUAGAAUCUUCCUUGGAGAGCCCUUGGAGGCCUUGAAGAAGUCUGCCUUAGCUGCUGGUGCUACUGAGGAUGAUUUCCAAGCCUUCCUAGUGUACGCCGGCGGCAUUUUCGCCAACAGCGGCAACUACAAAGGUUUCGGUGACACCAAGUUCAUACCAAACCUGCCCAAGGAGUCCUUCGAUAUCAUUGUCAAAGCCUCCAAGGCAUACGAGAAUGACACCACACAUAUAACCAAGCUGUGGCAGAAUACGCAGAAUGCUAUAUACAGUUUGGCGCCGAGGUUGACGAGUUUAGGUUUGGCUGAUAAGGGUAUCACAACAUACUUCUCAAGCAACUGCACUAAAGAGGACUCGGACCUAGUAAACGAGUGGAUGAAAACCAAGCGCAUCGAGGCUUACAUCUGCCGGACGUUCAAAACCACCGCCCAGGAUGGAUUACCUCUCUUCACUAUCCGCUACGCCAGCGUCGACACGUCCCCCCUCUCAACUACCCCAGAAAAAUACAAGAAUGCCUACUUCAUCGAGUCCCGUGGAGACUAUUCCCCUCUCCUGUCGCUCGCCACACAACACUUGAACACGGCCAUUACGCACGCCUCCAAUGAUAAUGAAAAGAACAUGUUGAAACAUUAUGUGAAGAGCUUUACUGAAGGCAGCCUGGAUGAGCAUAAGGAGGGCAGCCGGUUCUGGAUUAGGAAUAAGGGGCCUAUUAUCGAAACCUAUCAAGGCUUCAUAGAGACAUACCGCGACCCGGCCGGGCAGCGCGGCGAGUUCGAAGGUUUUGUGGCCAUGGUCAACAAGGAGAUGUCCAAGAAGUUCGGAGCACUCGUCGAUGGAGCCGAGAGAUUCAUAAAGAUGCUGCCGUGGGGCUCAGACCUGGAAAAGGACACGUUCCUGAGACCAGACUUUACCAGCCUGGAUGUGCUCGCCUUCUCGGGCAGCGGCAUUCCCGCCGGCAUCAACAUUCCCAACUACGACGAGAUCCGUCAAAACGAGGGCUUCAAGAACGUGUCUCUCGGCAAUGUCAUCCCCGCCGCCUAUAAGGAGUCCGUCAUUCCCUUCCUCAAUGACGCUGACAAGCAGCUGCUGGAAAAAUACAGAGUGCCUGCUUUUGAGGUACAAGUGGGCUUGCAUGAGCUACUCGGCCACGGCAGCGGUAAGCUCCUGCGUCAAAACGCCGACGGUACAUUUAACUUCGACAAGGAGAAAGUCAAAAACCCGAUUACAGGAAAGGCUAUUGAAUCCUGGUACACCGAGGGCGAAACCUACGAUAGCAAGUUCACAACCCUCGGUUCAGCGUUCGAAGAGUGCCGCGCUGAGGCCGUCGGCCUCUACCUAUCGCUAGUCCCAGAAAUACUCGAGGUAUUCGGGUACUCCGGCGAGGAAGCGCAAAACGUGACCUACGUGAACUGGCUCAGUCUGCUGUGGAACGGCGCCGCCAAGGCCACGGAAAUGUACCAGCCGUCCACCGGCACCUGGCUGCAGGCGCACGCGCGCGCCCGCUUCGUAUUAAUGCGACUUCUGGAGCUGGAAGGAGACGGUCUGCUCACCGUGGUAGAGGCUGAACCUGGCCGAGACCUGCUGCUGACGCUGCAGAGAGACCGCCUCGCCACCGAUGGCAAGAGGAUCAUAGGCGACUUCCUAGUGAAACUCCAAACACUAAAGGCGACAGGUGACGCUGCGGGGGCCGAGACCCUGUUCGACAAGUACAGCCGCCUCGACGAGCCGUGGGGACGGUGGAGGGACAUCGUCAUGCUGCACAAACAGCCCAGGAACAUCUUCGUGCAGCCCAACACUGUUCACAAAGGUAAUGAUGUGGAGCUGCACCGCUACCCGGCCAGCGCGGAGGGCAUGGUGCGGUCGUGGCUGGAGCGCUUCCCCACACCCGCCGUGUGCGACCUGCUCGAGCAGCUGGCCGAGGCCGACAAGCCGCACUUCUCCGACGUCACUGUCCUACAUGACAGUUAGAUGCCAACAGCCAGCCGAGGAAAACGACCGCCAUUUUGAAAACAUCAAACUGGAUCCCGGUACUUCUGUUGUGUUGUGUUUUCAAAAUGACGGGCAUUACGACGACGACUUAUUUCAACUGUCUCGUGGAUUUGGACCUCGUGUGUCUAAAUUUGACUAAUAUACCUAUUUAAAAAAACAUCGUGUAUCGGCUAAAAGAGCAAAAAAUUGUAACUUUCACAAGAAAAAAGGUUAAAAUAUUCCAAACAUGAGAUUAUCGAAAAAAACGGUCACAUUGUCGGUUGCUAUGAAGUUGCAUAUGCAAAAUAUGAGCUGGAACUCCUAUACUAUUAAAUAAAUGCAUUUUUAAUCCA